CAUACCACGAUUUUGCAAUAUAUAUAUUUAAGGUGUUUUAGAUCUAAUGCAUGUAUCAAGAAAGGUGACAGACAACCAAGCUGGUGAAGUGAUCCAUCUUCAUACCUUUUGAAAUUCAUCCACUUUUCAUAUUUAAUUUGUUGGAGUUCUCUUUCUGUAUUUGAUUUGAACCACUAAUUGAUAAAUGUAUAACAAAUAUAAGUUCCUGUAACUUUUAAUUUUGUGAUGAAAAACUGCUAAUCGUGGAAUAAGAUGCUGUUUAAAAACCACAUUAGUCUAGUUCGCACUCGCCAAAUCUUUUAGUGAUGAAACAAAAAGAGAUUAAUUAAUCAAAUAAAGUAAAACUAAAUAAUCGUAAAAGAGAUUAUUCUUAGCUUCUACUCUUUGCUGCUGCAUGUUGAUUUUUAAGAGACAUCAACGUUUCGCCUAUUUCAGACAAAGAAGGCUCAUCUCUCUGACUCUCUGUACGUAUAUGUUUAGUUUGUCUAAAUUAGUUAAAUGGAUGUUAUUGCAUGUAAACAGAGGGGUAAAAUUGAUGUGUAUAUAAUAACUAUCCGUGUAGACGGACAGUACCGUACCAAAGAUUUUUAAACCGGUCUAGAAAUAGAACCGGAACGGAUAAUAGAUUCGGUUAGUUGAAAACCGAAAUUAGGUUUUAAAUCAUAAACCCAAGAAAGGUAAAACCCUUGUCGUCUUCUCCGUCUCUGCCCUCCCAAACUUUCCGGGAAAACAAAAUUUUCUCGGGAGUCUCCCAAAUUGCCAAACCCUAAUUCCCAAAUUCCAUGAUCUGCAGAUGGAUUGCAUUCAAUCCAAGCAAAAUCUCCCGUGUCCUCUCUCCUUUCUCUUCCCUCUUCUCCACUAAACUCUCCUCCUCCUCCGUCGCGAAACUCGACGACGAGCCGCUUUCCGCAACCAAUUUCACAUCCGAUCAGAGAGAUUACUUCGGUCAUGAGAUUCUCUUCGGGAUGAAGAAGAUCGGGUUCCGUGAGUAUCUCCACGGGGGUCAGUUUCGAAGCGUGGCUUCGGAGUUGAGGCAGGUCCAUGUGGAAGAGAUCAUGUGUGAAUUGAUGGGUGAAAGUCCGGAUCUUUCGGUUUGGUUUUUCAAAGAGCUGAAAGAUGUUUAUGGGUUUCGCCACUCGAGGCUCUCCUCGUUGUUGGUUUCUCAUAUCUUAGCUGGUCAAAGACGUUUCAAAGAGCUUCAAGUGGUUGUGGAAGAGCUCCUCCGAGAAGAAGGCUCUGGUUCAGCAUCUUUGCUUUGUGAGCUUCUUCUCUCUACUAGCUUCAGGAAGUGGGAAUCUACGAAUGUAGUUUGGGAUAUGUUGUUGUUUCUCUCAUCGAGAUCCAAAAUGGUUGAUGAUUCACUUUACAUCCUGGAGAAGAUGAGGGAUCUGAACUUGAGUGUGUCUACACAAGCAUACAAUUCAAUUUUAUAUAACUUCAGAGAAACAGAUAAGAUGUGGGAUGUGUACAAGGCCAUCGAGUCUAAAAACGAGCACACGUACUCAACAAUUGUAGAUGGAUUGUGCAGGCAGCAAAAGCUAGAAGACGCAGUUUCUUUCCUCAGGGAUUCCGAGUGGAAAGACAUUGGCCCCUCUGUAGUUUCUUUCAAUAGUAUAAUGUCAGCUUACUGUAAAUUAGGUUUUGUAGAUACAGCCAAGUCGUUUCUCUGUACAGUUUUGAAAUGCGGGUUGGUUCCUAGUGUACAUAGCCACAACAUACUCAUCAACGGACUCUGUCUAGCUGGUUCAAUCGGAGAAGCUUUAGAACUGGCUGGUGAUAUGAGUAAGCACGGAGUGGAGCCUGAUACCGUGACGUACAAUAUCCUCGCGAAAGGGUUUCAUCUCCUCGGUAUGAUCAAAUGGGUUUGGGAGGUCAUUCAACAGAUGCUUGAUAAAGGUUUGACUCCUGAUGUUAUUACAUAUACCAUAUUACUAUGCGGUCAUUGCCAGUUAGGGAACAUUGACAAGGGCUUGAGACUGCUGAAGGAUAUGUUGUCGAGAGGGUUUGAGUUGAACAGUGUCAUCCCUUGCAGUGUGAUGCUCAGCGGUUUAUGUAAAACAGGACGUAUCGAAGAAGCUUUCUCCUUGUUCUAUAGAAUGCAAGCCAAUGGGGUUAGACCUGAUAUCGUGGCGUAUUCUAUUGUGAUUCAUGGCUUGUGUAGAUUAGGAGAGCUUGAUUUGGCUAUUUGGCUUUACGACGAGAUGUGUGCCAAAAGGAUUCUUCCGAAUUCUAGGACACAUGGUGCUAUGUUGCUUGGUCUAUGUCGGAAAGGGAUGAUACUAGAGGCAAGAGCGCUUCUUAACUCUCUGAUCUCAACCGGCUGCACACUUGAUAUCAUCCUGUACAAUAUCGUUAUUGAUGGGUAUGCAAAGUCUGGUUGCAUUGAGGAGGCGUUGGAGCUAUUCAGGGGAGUGAUUGAGAGUGGGAUAACUCCUAAUGUUGCAACUUUCAAUUCUUUGAUUCACGGUUAUUGCAAGACUCAGAACAUAGCUGAGGCUAGAAAGGUCUUGGAUGUCAUCAAGUUGUAUAAAUUGGUUCCAAGCGCUGUGAGUUACACGACUCUGAUGAAUGCAUAUGCUAACUGUGGAGAUACCGAAAGAGUAGACGAGUUGCGCCGUGAGAUGAAAGCGAAUGGGAUCUCACCGACCAACUUCACAUACUCUGUGAUCAUCAAAGGACUUUGCAUAGGCCGGAAACUGGAGAAAUACAACCAGGUACUGCGGGACAUGGCUUCUGAAGGUGUAACUCCAGAUCAGAUCACUUACAAUACAGUUAUACAGCAUCUAUGCAGGGCUAAAGAUUUGUUCAGAGCGUUUGAGUUGUUGGAAGAAAUGAAAUCUCGAAACCUUGAGCCUACGCCUGCCACUUAUGACAUUCUAAUCAACGGCCUUUGUUUCUACGGUUACUUAAAGGAUGCUGAGAGGUUUCUAUGUUCGCUUCAGGAGAGGGAUGUUAGUUUAUCGAAAUUUGCUUAUACCACAGUGAUCAAGGCGCAUUGUGUAAAAGGUGAUCCUGAAAUGGCGGUGAAGUUGUUUCUUCAGGUGCUAGAUAGAGGAUUUGAUGUUUCUGUCAGGGAUUACAGUGCGGUGAUCAAUCGUCUGUGUAGGAGAGAAUUGGCAAAGGAGGCUAAGUUCUUCUUCUGUCUAAUGUUAUCCAGGGGUGUUUCGCCUGAUUUAGACAUCUGCAGAGUGAUGAUCAAGUCAUCAGAUGUGCUUGGUUGGACAAUUAAAGCAGGUUUGUUGCCUUGAAAAGCUAUUGUCUUAUCUUAUGUGCUAGCUGGAGAAGGUAUACUUUGAGUAGAGAAACUGUCACAGGAAGAGAUUAAUCUUAGCUACCGGAUGGUACCAUCGGGGGCCAAUUGUAUCAACAUUAGCUUCUUCAAUGGAUCGCUGUCACUUAUGUAUUGUACUGUUGAUAAAGCACCGUGCAAAGCAGCUUUGGGGUUCCCUCAACAAACACAAAGCGUCAUUGGUGGUUUUGCUUCUCGAGUCUAAAGCCGUUUUGUCUUGUUCAAGUUCUUCUGAAGGUAAACUCAGUGGUUCUUGAGCUUUCCCUGUUUCUUUACCAAAUCUGCAGUGUGACUAUAGCAUGCUGGAAUUUUACACUAGAGUGUUGGUGAAUGGGUUCAAAUGGGGAAAAGGGUAUAUAACUAAUCAAGCUUCAUGUGUGUUAGGUCUAUUUUAAUUACUUCAGUUUUUUGGGAUGGGACUCAAGAGUCUGAGCCUGUUCUUGACUGUGACAUCUUGUAAGGUUGUUGUUCUUGGUGUAAGAACAUAUCUUGUCAAUGUUUGAUUCAUUUUUACCAA